AUGUCAAAACUUAUUAAAGGAGUUGGAUACUUUGAUUAUAUGGCAGAUGAUCCAGCAAUUGAUAAACAAUCCUCUAGAUAUAAAUUUACCAAAUGGAGAAAUUAUCAAGCAUUACAAGAAGCAUUUUUUAUUGGGUUAUUAAAUCAAUUUGCAACAAUUACUAUCUGUAAACCUUCUAAGAAAACAACUGUAACAAUUCAAUUUAUUAAAAUACAAAGUAUUCAAUUAGAAAGACAAUAUGAUGAAAUUCCUUUUUCAUCAUUUAUUGCAGAGAGAUGUAAAAAAAGAAAAAGUAAUGAUAUAAAACUAGGUUACAGUAAAAAAGAUAUUGAAAAAAAAGGAAAAGCUGUAAAUGAUUAUCUUUGUCACGCAUUUAAAGAUAAUUCACAAAUAAAAAUAAAACUUCGAGAUGAAAAAAUCACUCACAUCUUUUGUUAA